AGUGGUGCCGGGAUGGAGAGUAAUAAGAUUGUCGCUCAUCGCCGGCCCCCUGUGGACAGGAGGUACGUGAAAGCCUUCAUCGACUUCCCCAAGCUGCUGGUGGUGGUGGUGAACGGACCGGCCGUGGGAAUCUCCGUCACAGUCAUGGGAAUGUUCGACUUGGUCUAAGCAACGGAGAGCGCUACUUUCCACACGCCCUUCAGCCAACUGGGCCAGAGUCCGGAAGGCUGCUCGUCAUACACGUUCCCUCGCAUCAUGGGCCUCGGCAAGGCCAAUGAGAUGUUGCUGUUCAACAAGAAGCUCACGGCCUUCCAGGCAUGCCAGCUGGGCCUGGUCACGCAAGUCUUCCCCGACAGCAGCUUCCACGCGGAAGUUUGGAGCCGACUGAAGAACAACGCCAAGCUACCUCCAAAUUCUCUGGCGCUGUCCAAGCAACUCAUACGCUCUGUGGAGAAAGAGCGCCUCCACGCCGUCAAUGACGCUGAGGUGGACUGUCUGAUAGAGCGAUGGAUGUCGGAUGAGUGCUUCAACGCUGUCAUGAGCUUCUUUCAGGCCAAAGCGAAGCUUUGAGCUGUUUCGGCAAGCGUCUGGACCCACCGCAAGGAGUGUCUCUGUGGUGGCGUGCCACCGCGCGCUGGUUGUUGAGGCCAUUGAUUUCGGCCAGACAUUUCGGCCAACGUGAAGGAUCAAGCGCCUGACCGGAUUUGCACACGUGCGUGGCACUCGACUCUAUCCUGUGUGUCCAUUUGUCUACAAGGGGAAAAAAAGUUGUUCAAAUGAUCAAUAAACACGUCUCCUUUCUUUGA